CCACACAUGGAUUUCUCACUCUGUUUCUUCCUAAUCCUCUCUCUGUUCUUCACUCCAUCUUCUUCAACCCCACCUUCCUCUAUAUCCGAAGGCUCGUCUCUCUCCGUGGAUCGACCAAACGACGUUCUAACUUCACCGAACGGCGUUUUCACUUCUGGGUUUUACCCAGUUGGAGACAACGCGUUCAUCUAUGCCGUGUGGUUCGCCAAGUCGUUUGAUCGCACUGUUGUUUGGACGGCCAAUCGAGACCAACCCGUUAACGGGAAAGGCUCAAAGCUUUUGUUACAGAAAGGCGGUGAACUCAUGUUAACCGACGCCGGUAAAAAUACCGUCUGGACCGCCGCCACCACCACUUCAACCUCAGUGCAAUUAAGUCUUAAAGAUACAGGUAAUCUUGUUCUUAGCACCAGUUCAAAUACUAGUCCCAUUCUUUGGCAGAGCUUUGAUUCACCCACAAACACCCUCCUCCCUCACCAACUUUUCACCAGAUACACAACCCUAAUCUCAUCGCGAAGCGAAAAAAACUACUCAUCCGGUUUCUACAAGCUCUUUUUCGACAACAACAACGUCCUGGAGCUCCUUUACAGUGGCCCGGAAGUUUCCAGCAUUUACUGGCCUGACCCGUGGCUCAUGGUAUGGGAUACCGGCAGAACAACCUACAACAGUAGCAAAGUUGCAGUCUUCAAUUCGUCGGGUCAUUUUAGAUCGUCCGAUAACUUGGAAUUCAAGUCAUCUGAUUCUGGUUUGGGACCCAAAAGAAGAUUGACCCUUGAUACUGAUGGCAACCUUAGGUUAUAUAGCUUAAAUGAGAUGACUGGUAAUUGGACUAUAACAUGGCAAGCUACGUCGGAUCCUUGCCGGGUUCAUGGGAUUUGCGGUCCCAACAGUAUUUGUAGUUACGGGUCGGGUGCUGGCAGGGGAUGCUUUUGUGUUCCGGGGUACAGGAUUAGGAAUUCGAGCGAUUGGUCUUACGGGUGUGAACUAGACCAGGGUUAUUAUCUUUCUGGAGACGAUCAGACGGUCGAUUUUGUCUCGAUGGGGUACUUAGAAUUGUACGGGUACGAGUACGACGUCUUUAAAAAUCAUACCCUGAAAAGUUGCAAGGAAAAAUGCUUGAAUUCAGCAAUAUGCAAAGGGUUCUUGUUCAAAUUUGAAGAAGGUGUGUAUAACUGUUAUGCCAAGUCACAGUUGCUUAAUGGGAAAAGUUCCCCGAAUUUACUCGGAACACUCUAUGUGAAACUAAAUGUUUCUGUGAAAGAUAAUAGUUUCAAACCCUCUGUUAAACAAAUCCAAUUGAAUUGCUCGGGCGGGGAUCCUGUCAUGUUGAAUCGAACUUACGAAACCAAAGGCGGAAGCAAGUUUUUGGAAUUUUUGGCUUGGUUUGCCGUGGGGGUAGGAGUUGUUGAGAUGCUCUGUGUGUUUACGCUAUGUUUUUUCGUGUCUCGGGCACCCAAGGAUUCCGGUCCUGGCGCACAAGGGUAUUUCCUGGCUGCAACCACAUUUAGAAAAUUCAGUUUCUCUGAGAUAAAGAAAGCAACCCGAGGUUUCAAAGAAGAGAUCGGAAGAGGAGGAUAUGGAGUUGUUUACAAAGGAACAUUGCUUGAUGAUCGAGUUGCAGCAAUUAAACGGCUGAACGACGCUAAAGAAGGUGAAGCCGAGUUUCUAGCAGAGGUAAGCACCAUUGGAAGGAUUAACCACAUGAACCUGAUUGAGAUGUGGGGGUAUUGCGUCGAGGGAAAGCAUAGGCUUCUAGUAUCCGAGUAUAUGGAGCACGGGUCUCUGGCAGAUAAUUUGAAUUCCUGCACACUUGACUCUGAGAAGAGGUUCAGUAUUGCAGUUGGGAUUGCAAAAGGCUUGGCUUAUUUGCACGAAGAGUGUCUGGAGUGGGUUCUACAUUGUGACAUAAAGCCUCAGAAUAUACUUUUAGACUCAAAUUACCAACCAAAGGUAGCAGAUUUUGGCUUGUCCAAGUUACUAAACAGGGGUGAGGGUAGCAAUACGAUUUUUUCAAAGAUGAGGGGAACAAGAGGUUACAUGGCUCCCGAGUGGGUUUUCAACCUCCCAAUCACCUCCAAAGUCGAUGUUUACAGCUACGGGAUUGUUGUGCUGGAGAUGAUCACGGGAAGGAGUUCAGUGGGGUUCCAGUAUACCGCGAUUGACGGUGGGGGGCUGGUAACUUGGAUGAGGAAGAUGCAGCAGGGUGCUGUUAAUUCAAAGGCAUUGAUAAAAGAAAUCAUAGACCCGACUUUGAUCGACGGAUAUGACAUGGGCAAGAUGGAAACUCUGGUUCGAGUUGCGAUGCAGUGUGUGGAGAAAGACAAAGAUGCCAGACCUACAAUGAGAAAGGUGGUAGAGAUGCUUUUGCGCCAUGAAGACGAGGAUAGCUGUGACAAUGGUGCUGAGGUAAAAGACUUUGUUCCAUUCCAGUAAUCCUUAUUCCAGCUAAAGUCUUGUAGAAGCGGUAGUCAGCGGCUGAUAAAAAAAAGAAAAGAAAAAGAAAAAAGAAAAGAAAAGAAGCGGUAGUCAGCGCGAUGCACCUGAAUUUAUGAACUUAGUAGAGAAAAACAGAUACAGCAUAUUUGAAUACUGAUCUCUAGGUAAUGAUAUUUCCUAAGCAUGGAUAAAUGAACUGCCUAGUCUGAAAUAAAAUUAAGAUUCUUAUC